GUUCCUUGGAGCACAGCUGCAGCAGGGCAACUGGGAAGAGGCAGGCCCUGGCAGCACUGCCCUCCCAGAUCCUGCCCUUGGACUUUUUCAGUGGUGGGGGACAUGCACCCUGAGGGCCUCUGCUUGGCCUGACCCUGCUGCAGGGGCUCUCUGUGCCCACCAAGAGUGGAGAUGGCAAGUUUAUUGAGCUCCUCUCUGCCCAGCUGCUUGCCAUCUCUCUUCCUCCUCCUCCUCCAGCUGUCUUCCAGCUAUGCAGGACAGUUCAGAGUAAUAGGACCAGGGCACCCCAUCCGGGCUCUGGUGGGAGAUGAAGUGGAAUUGCCAUGUCGCAUAUCUCCUGGAAAGAAUGCUACAGGCAUGGAGGUGGGAUGGUACCGGCCCCCCUUCUCUAGGGUGGUUCAUCUCUACCGAAAUGGCAAAGAUCAAGAUGGAGAGCAGGCACCCGAAUUUCGGGGCCGGACGGAGCUGCUGAAAGACACUAUUGGUGAGGGAAAGGUGACCCUCAAGAUCCGGAAUGUAAGGUUCUCAGAUGAAGGAGGUUUCACCUGCUUCUUCCGAGAUCAUUCUAACCAAGAGGAGGCAGCAAUAGAAUUGAAAGUGGAAGAUCCCUUCUACUGGAUCAGCCCUGGAGUGCUAGUUCUCAUCGCAGUCCUGCCCAUGCUCCUCCUGCAGAUCACCGUGGGCCUCGUCUUCCUCUGCCUGCAGCACAGACUGAGAGGAAAACUGCCAGCAGAGAUGGAGAAUCUCCACCGGACUUUUGAUCCCCACUUUCUGAUGGUGCCCUGCUGGAAGAUAACCCUGUUUGUAAUUGUGCCGGUUCUCGGACCCCUGGUUGCCUUGAUCAUCUGCUACAACUGGCUACAUCGAAGACUAGCAGGGCACUUUCUUGAAGAACUAAGAAACCCCUUCUGAGUGAUGUUGCAUCUUGGCAGGGGUGGAGAGCCUGUAUUGGUCCAUGUAUUGGUCCUCGGGGAUGUCGCAUCCAUCAAGUUGCACACUCACUGGCCUCUUCACUAUGGGGACAUUUCAAUCUGCACUUCUAGGAAUACUCUGAAUUCCAAAUAGGAUUGAUUUCUCUUCUUCUGUCAUCUACCUUUUCUCCACCUUUCCCCAGCUCCUUCCUUCCUUUCCCCCUUUUGCUACCCACGUGUUUCCACUCCUCUCUUCAUCUUCCAUCUGGAAGCCCUCUCUGGCUAUGGCCAGGCAGAUGCUCGUUUCUCCAUCAGAGGACACCUGUGCUGGAGAGUAACGCAGACAAGAAGGUCUCUGCCAUGAACUGGAGACCAGGAACCUCCUCGUUGCAAAUUACAGCAUGCCAACUUUGCAAAUGGUGUGUUUCUUCCAAGAUCUCAGCCCUGGUGGGCAGAGCUGAGAGGUGUGGAGGGUCGAAGAGAAGGAACAAGAGUCCAAAACAUAAAAGAGAGCUAAGUGAGCUGCAGAGUGAGGACAUGGGGAGCCCUAACCAAAACUGGAGAUGCGAAGAAACCCACAGAAUACUGGCCAGGGCACCAUCUUGCCUCAUCAGCCUACCAAAAAGCUAGGGAAGCAAGGGAUGAAAACUGGGCAAUGCACUUGCUUUAGAAUGCUUCCCUUCUACUCGCACAUCUUGCAUGGAUGGGUCCCUCAGACUCUCCCUCCUCUCAUCCUUUUUCUCCCAUCUUCAUACCUAUCAGAGUAUCCACUAUCUUAUUCAACAAUUACUACUUGAUGGUCUAUGAGACACAAAGAAACAAGCUAGGUGCUAAUUAAU